CGGAAGGCUAUCCGCAAGGACCGCAACCCUUCGUCGGCUGGCCCUCUCGCGCACUGCCGUCACGACCCAGAAAGAUGGCGGCGGCCGCGGCGAGGCGUGCCGCUGGCCUUCUCCCUCUCCUCUCCUCGCCGUCCGGUGCUCGCAUCCCCCUCCGCCGGGCGCUAUCCCUGAUCUCUCCGCCUCGCUCCAAUCGCCUCUUCUCGCACCCCGCCAGGCCCUUCUCCACCUCCCCCUUCUCGGCCUCCGCCUCCGCGUCGAAUGGCGCGGCCGCGGAGAGAACCCGCGAGCUGCACCUGUACAACACGAAGUCGAGGAAGAAGGAGCAUUUUCGGCCGCGAGCUCCUGACCGGGAGGUCGGCAUGUACGUCUGCGGAGUCACGCCCUACGACGACAGCCACAUCGGCCAUGCCCGCGCAUACGUCGCCUUUGACGUCCUCUACAGGUACUUGCGUUAUUUGGACUAUGAAGUUCGCUAUGUUCGGAACUUCACCGACAUUGAUGACAAGAUAAUUGCAAGAGCAAAUCAACUGGGGGAAGAUCCUUUUAGCUUAAGCAAAAGAUUCUCUGAUGAUUUCCUGUCAGACAUGGCCAAUCUUCAAUGUUUGCCACCAUCCAUGGAGCCCCGUGUUUCAGAUCAUAUUGAUCAGAUUAUAAAUAUGAUUAAACAGAUCCUUGAUAACAAUUGUGCAUACGUAGUGGGUGGGGAUGUCUAUUUCUCUGUUGACAACUUUCCUGAAUAUGGAGAGUUAUCUGGUCGAAAACUAGAUGAUAAUAGAGCUGGUGAAAGGGUUGCAGUUGAUGAAAGGAAGAGAAAUCCUGCUGAUUUCGCUCUAUGGAAGGCUGCAAAAGAUGGGGAGCCAUGGUGGGACAGCCCUUGGGGCCCUGGAAGGCCAGGAUGGCACAUAGAAUGCAGUGCCAUGAGUGCACAUUACUUGGGUCAUUCUUUUGACAUACAUGGUGGUGGGGAGGACCUCAUCUUUCCGCACCAUGAGAAUGAGAUAGCACAGAGCCGUGCAGCGUGUUGUGACAGUAGCAUAAGUUACUGGAUACACAAUGGAUUUGUCAAUGUAAAUAGCCAAAAGAUGUCUAAAUCGCUUGGUAACUUCGUAACCAUACGCAAGGUUAUAGAGAUGUACCACCCGCUUGCUUUGAGAAUGUUCUUACUGGGCACACACUACAGGUCCCCGAUCAACUACACAAUAGAACAACUCAAUGUUGCAUCAGAUAGAUUGUAUUACACGUAUCAGACGUUACACGAUUGUGAAGAGAGUUGCCAGCAACAGCAAGAUAACUCUGGAGACUCAUUACCUGCUAAUACCUUAAAUUACAUCCAGAAACUACAUGAUGAAUUUGAGACUUCAAUGUCAGAUGAUCUUCACACUUCAGUAGCACUGGCUGCUAUUUCUGAGCCAUUGAAAGUCAUGAAUGAUUUGUUGCACACUCGUAAGGGAAAGAAGCAGGAAAAACGAUUGGAAUCACUUGCUGCCUUGGAAGAGAAAAUAAGAGUAGUGCUCUCUGUUCUAGGAUUGCUGCCUUCAAGUUAUCAUGAGGCUCUGCAACAACUGCGUGAGAAAGCACUGAGAAGAGCUUCCAUCACCGAGGAGCAUGUGCUGCAGAAGAUCGAAGAGAGGACUGCAGCAAGGAAGGCGAAGCAGUACGGAAAAUCUGACGAGAUCAGGAAAGAAUUGGCUGCUGUUGGAAUCGCCCUCAUGGAUGGUCCUGACGGAACAACCUGGAGGCCAUCUGUGCCUCUUUCUGAGGAGGAAGGGGUGGUUGUGAAGACUUGAUCUGCGCAAGAAGUUUUUAGGGAGACCCACCUACACCUGUUCUCGCCGGUCGUGCUGGAUUGCAAUAUUGUGCACCAUUUGCACGAUUGUGCGCUCCCGUGAGGGCUACAAAGUAAAUGGAACGAAAAGAUAGCCAAUUUUGGUUUUCACCUUCUUGCCUUGCGAUUGACAAGUAGCAUUCUUGACAGCCGUUACUGCGAGUUUUAUAGAUCAUGUUUUACUGAAUAUUUGAACAGAUAUACCAGUUAUACCAUUUACCUUCAAAUCUAAGAAAACAUAGAAUGUUUCGGCUGGAA